GCCUACUAUCAGCCGUGAGACACCGUGCGAUGUGGGGCCUGCGGCGCGCGUUCGCGUCGCUGCUCGGCGUGACUGCCGCCCUGUCGGCUCAGCGCGCCGAAGGACACGCAUGCAACAGCACAGACUUUCAGACGCCCCUGGUGCCCUACCUGAUCGUGGACGUGUCGAGCGAUGUAUCCGCCUGCAGGGGCAGGUCGUGCGCCGUCGGCGUCCUCCUGGCGAACGCCCUCCUCGAGGCCUGCCAGGAGUGCGACCUGGUGAUUCUGCCAGCCAGCGCUCUGUCGUCCGAGGUCCUGGGCUACGAGCGAGCGCUCUGGGCCGGCGGCCGCGUGGCGCCCGGGCACGUGCACGGGUUGCUGGGCGCCGCCGGCCAGUUCCAGGCCGCUCGCGUCGGCAAGAGCGCCGUGGAGGCCUACUUCAACGCGUCGGUCGCGUCCCCUGGCCAGGGAUUCCCGCAGCUGUCGCAGAACGUUCAGGUCCGUGUGGACACGAAUGGCGGGGUCCCCAGCAUCUCCUCGAGGUGGCGGGACAAGCGCGAGGGCUGUUCCUCCUUCUCAGACCUGCCCGAGUCGCUGGUGGUGGGUGCGCCUGCGGGGCUGCUGGCGGGCGAGGUGGUGGUGCCCGCCGAAGACUCAUUGGCAGCCGCAGCUUGCAGCGGCCUGGCUCGCCUCGGCAGCGCGUGGGACUUGCCGGCUGACGAAGUCCUUGAGGCCGUCUGCGGCUCCCAUGAGAGUGCGGUGGAGGAGGCUGCCCCGUUCUGCCCCGUGGCCUUCUCUGCGCGCACAGCGCCCUGCUUCUCGUUCAGGCUGCUGUACACUGGAUCCAUCUUGGGCCGGUCGCUGCCAACCCGCCCAGAUGGCUCAGCAGACGAGGCGUGCUACAACGCGUCGACGGGCGUUGUCGCCGACGAAUGUUGGGGCGGUGCGGAGAGGAGAGGAAAGUAUCUGCGGGCUGUGCACAAUCGGUCAAACGGAAGCGUGGUCAUCUUGGAUGGUGGGAACUACUACCGGCGGGGCGAUUUCGAAGAGUCCCACGAAGGUGUCGCAGAGGGCCACCUGAUGAGCAUGCAGCCGUACACCGCCAUGGGAUUGAGUUACAAAGAUUUUCAAUCGCAGAAGAGCGCGAGAAACGUGAAGAAUUUGUUCGAGUCCUAUUCGCGUCCCGUGUUGCUAUCGAAUGUGAGGACCGCGUCGGAUUGGGCAUACCUCGAGAACUUGACGUCGAAGUUCCAUGUCGAAUCGUUGGCAGGGGGGCAGAGAAUUGGGAUAGUUUCGGUGCUGUCUUCGUUGCUCACUGAAUUUACCCUUGUUCAGGACCAAUGGGACUUCAACCCAGCAGGAUUCGAUGACUCGUUCUUCAUGGAGGAGCAGCUGAUGCUGAUGAACACCAUCUCCGUGGUGAACGAGAUGAAGAGGCUGCACAAUCCAGACAUCGUUGUGGCCAUGAUGGAUUUGGACGCUCGCCAGGCUGCCACCUUCCUGCAGAACGUUGGCAACGUCGACGCGGCGAUUGUGACUAAUGACGUGCCCUGGGAGAUCGCGGAGCAGGUUUAUGGCCCGCUGGAAGACUCAGAGUGGUCUGUCGAUCAGCUCAGCGUUGAGAGCAAAGUCGUUCCGGGCAAGCGCAUUCCGGUGCUGGGCGUCCCGUGGUACGGGGCGCACGUCGGUUCUGCCAUCCUUGAUGUUGACGCGGACAGGGAUGUGAUCAGAUGGCGUGCCGCCGCUGUCCCCAUGGACAACAGUUCGGCUGCAGAAGAAGAUCCGCACUCAUGGGCUGGCGACAUCAACGUCGAAGUGCACCGCUACUUUCAGGAGUCACAGGCUCUCCUGGGGGAGACUGUCAUCACCAUGCCGCAACCGCUCGAGUGGCUGAAGCUGCAGUGCCGACAAUUGGAUUGUCCUAUGCAGCGCCUCUAUGCCGAUGCGGCCUACCAUUCAUGCGGCGGGAAGUGCGACCUCGCGUUCCUGAACGCCGGGGCUAUACGCUCGGGAUUCUCGGGGGAGAUCUCUAUGGUGGAGAUCGUCCAGAUGCUGCCAUAUGGUGGUGAUUUCGUCGUGAAGCAGAUGAACGGCUCCGACCUAAAGUCGGCGUUGGCACACGGCGCGACGCAAUGCUCUGGUGGCGGCUAUCCGGCUUUUGCUGGCCUACGCCUCGCUCGAUCAGUGGAGACCCCCGUGGAUUCCACAAGCGCAGAUCUUUGCGUGGCACCCACGAUAGUGGAUCCAACAGCAACUGGUAGUGGCAGCUACGUCAGCUCGCAGGUUUGCAAGAGAGGUGCCUACUCCUACAGCGACUGCUCCGAGUGGAUCAGCAUCGAGAACGGCCAACAGUACACCGUCGUCACAUCCAAUUGGCUGGCCGCGGGUGGGGAUGGCUAUCAGGCGUUAGGAGCAGCGGAGGAGCUUACCACCAUCAGUCCGCGCGACGCGCGUGCCGCGAUCAGGGAAUUUCUGCUUACAGAGGCCGAGGACCACCUAUCCGCGUAUUGGAGUUUGCAGACGACCAUUGACAAGUGCACGGGCAACACGGAGAAGGAGGGCUGGAGCGAGGGCUGCCGCGUCAUAGACACGUCCGCCGAGGCCGAUGCCGACUUCUCGGGCCUUUGCAGCCCGGGCUUCCGGUUCGAUAGCCAGCUGAAGGAGUGCUUCGAGUGCCCUGCUGGCAAGGAGUCCUCCUACGAUUCCCAGCUGUGCCUGGAUUGCACCGUCGGGCGGGCGGCAGCCGAGAGCGGGAUGUCGCUGUGCACGGAGUGCGCUCCCGGCACUUUUCAGAACAUCUCCGGCCAGCUCUCCUGCAUCGCUUGCGAGGCUGGCAGAUUCGCAGGGGAACCCGCCAGCGCGACGUGUCAAGACUGUCCAGCGGGCCGCUGGUCAGAUGGCAGCGGCGAUGGAGAUGAUGAAGAUGACGGGUCUGGUGGCGCAGGCUCCGAGAAGUGCACCGUGUGCCCCGUGGGAGAGUACCAGGACGAGGAGGGAGCGGCCUCGUGCAAGAAGUGCGACGACAUCAUCCUCGAGAGCACCACGAUCCUGCUGGGCGCGGCAACGGCCGACAGGUGCCUCUGCCCUCCGGACUUCUUCUUCGCGCGCGCCGCGGCGGGCGCCGCGGCGGAGUGCAGGGCGUGCCCGGAGGGCCUGCUGUGCGACGACUUCGGCAUCGACCCGCCCAAGCAGGCGGAGGGCUUCCACGCGGGGCCGCAGGCGUACGAGGGCAGCCUGCCAGAGUUCACCGUCGUGUGCUCCGCCUACGAGAACUGUCCAGCCGGCCGGCCGCUGGGCCAGUGCGAGGCGCCGCGCGAGGGCCUGGCGUGUGACAAGUGCCCCGUCGGCUUCUACGACGACGGCGAGGGCCAGUGCAUGGAGUGCGGCAGCGGCGCUGGCGUCGCGCCCGUCGUGGCCUGCCUGGUGGUCGCGGCGGGGCUCACCGUGGCGCUGUCCGUGUACGUGACGCGUCCGACAUCGGUUUCGAACACGGCCCUCCUCACCGUGGCCCUGUCGGGCUCCCUCAUCGUUACUGCCUUCCAGACGUUGGCCGCGUUCCAGCAGCUCCGCAUCAGCUGGGUCGAGCCCAUGCGCUCGCUGCAGAGAGUCGUAUUGUUGCUCACCUUCGAAAUUGACAUAUUGAAUCCCGAGUGCGUGUUCCGGUCCAAUUCGUCGGUGCUCACGUAUCUGUUCAGCUUGCUUGUGUACCCAGUGUUUGCUCUCGGUCUGCUCUUGGUACUCAGCGUGUUCAAGAAGCUCGGCCGCGAUGUCAAAGCCUAUCAAGUGUGGAACGCGCAAGGCAACAUCGUUAUGCUCAUAUACCCAUCACUGGCAAUGAUGGCUUUGAUGCCCCUGCGCUGUAGCAGCAACCCAGACGAGAGCAUGUCGCUCAUCGCUGAACGCUCGAUCCUGUGUUGGAGUGGAGAUCAUAGCGCAAUGAUUGUCCUCUCCGUUAUCGCCAUCCUGCUAUACAUCAUCGCGUUCGUCUCUUACGUGGCGUGGGUGGUCUGGAUGUAUCCUGUGAGGAUGGUGCGCGAUGGGGCGGUCUUCGUGCGACAAUCCGAGUUCCUGUUCAGGCGUUUCCGCGCGGACCGCUACUACUACGCGCUGAUGUUUGUGAUCCGAAAUUUGCUCAUGGCGAUGGUGCCCGUGGUCUUCGCUGACUUGCCUGCUAUGCAGGGGUUGUCCAUGUCUUUGGUGCUCAUCAUCAUCUUCGGCUGUGUUUGCUAUCUGCUCCCCUGGCGCACUAGCUCUGCCAACUUCCUUGACUGUGUCAUCGCCAUUUGCCUUCUCAUGAUCCUGAACACUGGCAUGGUCCUGUCGCCCUUGGGCUCCGACAACGUCGAAGUGGUCAUACAGGUCGUCCUUGUCAUUCUGCUGGUCGGCAUCUUCGGGGUUGGGUUAGGAGUCGCAGCGUACAAUUUCAAGCAGAGCAUCUUCCCCCCGAAGAGGUAUGGCGCCUUCUUAUCCCACCACAAAGGUGGGGCGCAAUUGCUCGCGCGCUGGUUCAAGCAGCAGCUGUGCGACAGCAUUCGCGACGAGGUCUUUUUGGACAGCGACAACCUCCAGGAGCUGUUCUCGCUGCUCCACACGGUGGCGUUUGAGACGAAGAACCUGGUGAUCCUCCUCACCGCGGAGACGCUCUUGCGGCCCUGGUGCGCGUGCGAGAUCGUCAGCGCCGCCCAGAACAGCGUCAACGUCGUGCUGGUGUCCUGCGAUGGCACGCUGCCGCCAGACGACGACCGGAUCGCUAAGCUUCAGGAGAUGUGGACCGAGCCGCAGCUUGCCGAGUUCGCCAGCCUCGGCAUCGCAAAGGAGGACAUCACUGACGCUUACGAGCGCCUCAGGGGCAAGACCGUGCUCAACCUCGGAGGCUCCAAGGGCCUGAGCGGCGAAAUCGUGGACCAGCUGCUGGGGGAGUGCAAGGAUCUCUCUCGCGUGCUGCGCUUCGGCAGCGCCUCGUUGGCCAGCGGCUCCAUCCCGAGCGCCGAAACGACUUCAGGCGACGACAGAACGUCGACGGGCGUUAGCAUGGAGGUACUUCUGGUGGGCAGCGUGGAGGAGAUGGAGUCGGCCUGCUGCGCUCAGGUGGUCAAGCGCCUGCUGUCUGUGAGGCUGCAGGUUGCGGUUGAGGUGGGCAACCGCAGCAUCCUUCAGAGCCAGCUAUCCGCAUCGCCGCACGUCGUGAUCCUUCUGCGCAGGGAGCUGCUGAGUGAUGUCACCUUCGCGGCCACGUCCGUGCACGCGAUGCGCCACAACCUGACCGUAACGCCCCUGCUCGCGGACGGUGCUUUCCGUUUCCCAGACCAGGAGUUUUGGAACAACCUGGAGGCGGGCAAGGUGCUUUCCACAGAGGACAGCCCUCUACUGGACGGCGUGAGCCUUCAUGAAGUAGCAACCGCCUACAAGGCUAUCUUCAAAAUCAUCGCUGUCAAGUUCACCGAACACGGCUCCGAGGCCAUCCAGGUGGCGGAGAUCAACGAGCUCGCCAAACGCAUCAAGGUCUCUGACGCGUCGAAGCUCCGACGCGGCGCCAGCACGGGCAUCGCCACCAUGAAUUCGGUAUCCAAGGCGGGGACCUGAGUACGGAUCGUUUACGCACUGUGGCUGCUGGCCAGGUCCUGGAGUUCGGGCCCCAGGACCAACAGAGAACAAAACAACACAAACAAUAGAGAGCGGCCAGCGGUGCGAGGCGCGCGACAGCGCGAGCGAUUGAGCUAUGAAUGUGCACGAGCUCGUCUCGUCUACGCAUUCUGCCCCCUGUGCUCGAUCAGGGACUUCCAGGGAAACUGGAUUUUAUGCUGCGCCUCGCAGCGCGCUCUGUUCUUCCGCGUCUGCUCGCAGCCCUCGAGCACUGCUGCUUGGCCUGGGCAUGCUUGGCCUUGCGGGGAUGUGCUUCAGACGGUGAACUUAUAGGCGGCGUGCUGGGUGUUGUGCACCGCUUGUAUUCAGGCCUCCAGGUAGAUGUUGCACCAUCGCUGAGCGCUUAGCGCUUAUACCUGUCCUUGGCCCCUGUGUUCAGUCAUGAGGCCUCCAUGGAUGUGAAGACUCGCGUGGUCUGCUGGUGCCGAACAGUACGGCUGGAUCUGCCUCGACCGCUUAGUGCGUUGGCGCGAUUUUGUUCGGCCUGGAGAUGCUUUGCCGGAUUUGGGGAAGCUUCUGAUGUCGUCUCUGCCAUUACUAUUAGUAGUUCCCACAUCCAAAGUGGUGUUCUUGUUGUCUCUGCACCCUCCCGCGCAGGAACAUCACACCUGGGAACAGCCACAUGUCUCACCCGCCUGUUCACCCCUGGCAAGCGGAGGCCUGUUGGCGGACUAGACGCUGAUGGAUCGGCGCGCGUUUGGCCGCUUCUCAUCCACGGUCGCGAAUGCGUGUUGCUUCCUUGUUCCCCGUCUUUGCGCGGCCGGGUGUUCGCUGCAGAUGGCAAGUGCCACGUUGAGGAGGCGGAGCCCUGCAAUGGUGAGAACGACAAGG